AUGCCGCGAUCUCAGAAGUCGGACGAAAAGGCACCUAAGAAGAGCAGGGGAAAGAGAAGCGGUAGCCAACCGAGCAAAGGCUACGAAUUCCAAACGGAGGUGACCUUUGUUAACCAUGGAAAAGUUCCAAAGGGGACCUCUUUUUCAAGAGAAGACGUUAGGGAGCACUCCUUUCCGUCAAAAAAGCCAGAUAAGGCAAAAAAGGCCUCUGCAGUAAAGGUGUUUUCAAAAGGGAUCCAAUUCAAGGAAAAAGUGGUUUACGGCGGUCGAACUAAAAAGAUCCUCGAGUAUGACAGCAUCAAGCUGCUGGAGCAGUUAUCCUCCGAUUGUCGUAUGGUCUUUGUGAACUAUGAAAAUGCCAAGAAUGGUUAUUUCUUGGUACUAGGUCUGUUGGAUGCAAAUCAAGUAAUAAGACUCAUGAGUUUGGUGAAGGAAGAUAAUCCAAAUGCGGAAAUUCGCUGGGCUGAUACACGUGCUUCCAGCAGCAAUGAAAAGUCCAUUCAGGAUGAUGUAUUAGAACCCGGUAAAAGUGAUACCACAGAUCCAACCACUUACCAUGAAUCUGAGCGUGCCUACCAGCGAAAUUCGUUACCUUCUCUUUCUAAUAGGUCUGGGUCUUACAGGGCUAGACCAUGGACUGCCACAAGCUCCUAUAUCUGCGCAGACCCUCACUUUGACGAUGGAACUGUCUGUUCUAGCAAGACAUUGGACGCUUUUACUAGUCAAAGAGACAAACCUCGUAGGCAUUCCCGUCGGCGCAGUAGUUACAACUCUCUUGACCUCUCCAGCGAUGAUGGGUUUCACCUAAGUGCUAACGGACUAAAAAGCCAAUAUUAUUACGUCGGACCCAGUGAUGAGGAGGACUCCAUCUCGAAAAUUGUACACCAUGGAAAACCCAGGCACAAGAAAUCUCAUCAACAUAAACAUCGGCAUUAUGCAUUGGGCGAUGAGGUUAGUGUUUCUAUGACGCCCAGCUCAAUUUUCUCGAAUGUCGAUUACUAUUCCACUGAUGGUUUCGGUACGGUGAAGGAUAGUUCUGUGAAGGGAACCCCAACAAGAAAAUCAAAUACCACCCGGAAAUCCUCUUAUCGUCCGAAGUCCAGACAGCUGCCGCUUUCAGAGGCGGAGCGAAACAAAGGUAGUUGGCACAGUGACGUGCUUUUCCUCACUCCCACGAAAAAUGGCGGUGUCAAGGUUUCUGCUGACGGACCUGUGAUGCUCUACACCGCAACGCGGGCUAAUGUAAACCGUAAUGACAGCAGUUCCUCUGAUGAAGACAGUACUUCAGAUGGAGAAGGUGACUUCAUCUACUCUUCUGACUCAACACUUACUUUGGAAGGCCCCGUUAGAGAUCCUCUGCGUCUCGACUUGGAGGCUAACUACACUAAUGGACGUUAG